CAUUAGUUUACUUCGUUAUACAAUACGAAAAAUACAACUAUUCAAUCAGUAAAUAUUAAAUUCUUAGGCGAUGUGGCAGGCAUUAAGCAUUUUACCUCUCAAUCCGAAUAAAGGUUACUAAAUUUUAAGAUGUUUUAAUACUUGAGUGACGAACUGAGAAAUUCUGACAUCAGAAAUUGAACUUAAAAUCCAGAUAUUCUUAUCACAAUUUUAAUGCAAGCAUCAGAACCAACAUUUGCCCCCGAGAUUUGCAUUGGCAACUCAAGACACGAGGACGCAUUAUAUGUGCAGGCGAAGACUGGUUUGGCGUCAAGGGAGUCACUGGCGAUUGACCUUCACUGCCAUCACCACAAUGAAGCGGUCACUCCUGCCAGAUCCUACCGCCUGCCCCCUUGCCUCACUCCUGCCUGAUCCUACACCGCCUGCCCGCCUCACUCCGGCCGAGACAGUCUGUUGCCGAGGUGCAGUCGAGAUCUGAACGCCGCAGCGGUUGGAUGUGUAGUGAGAGCCACUGGAUGCCACUGCUUUUUCCUAGGAGAAUACGGCGAACUUUUCUAACGCGUGUGACAGUUUGAAUUACAUUAGUGCUUGUGAUACAGGACAGACCAUUGACGGACGUGUGAAAUUGCUUUUUAUUUGCUUAUAGUCCAUGUGAUUAGAACUUAUUAAUAAUAAUUAAUACAUUGGAUGAUAUAAUAUUGCUGCAAGCAAACGUGAAUAUACCGACUUAUAAACUCAGUUUUUUUCCUUCACCGUGCUUACAUAAAUAGUGAGUCUUCAUGAGGAUGAUGAAGACUCGCCAAAUUACAACUCUGUUAGUAAUCUUGCUGUUGCCAAACGUACGCUCGUCUGACGCUGAUAGGCCUAUGUCAGAGAAUAAUGAUAGCUUGAAUGGCAGCAACAGGAACGAAGGGCGGCGAUACACAUCCGGCCGCUACGUAUAUCCCAGUCCAAAUCAAUCUGUGAACCCAGCGAACGCUCCGGAAGACUUAUUGGAGCUGAGGGUGCAGAGAAACCGAGCCACGGAGCGCCGCGAUCAGGUACCCAAAUUUUACGCCCACCCCAAAUAUCGACGUCCAAAGGGCACGCGUAUGCCUAACCAGGACGAGUUGAGUCGUCACUUGAACUCUGGAGUUGACAACCUCCGAAGUGGAUACCUCAACAGAUCAACAGAUCAAGAGAGUGAGGCUGGAUCCUCGUUUGCAGAAGACCCGGGACCUGGACGCAUGGCGGUAACCAAGCUAGAUGAGAUGCUGCAGCGACUCGAGAACAAUAACGACGAGCUCCUUCAGCGCCUUCGGCAGGAACGCGACCACUUCGCAGUAUCGCGGAACAGGAUCGAUCGUCAUCACGAGCAUCCCGGCAACCACCAUCGACACAACAAUUUUCCGUCAAGGUAUAGGGACAACAGCGUCCAUUAUUCUGACCGCGUCCUGCACGCCAGCAGCCGACAUGGCGUCCAACGCAUCGAAGAUUUGCACGACGACUCUGAGCGCCUGAUCAAGCUUGACCGCGACGUUGCCCAGCUUGAGGCGCUGACACCGAGACUUAGCCAAAGACCAACGUCUCGUAACGGGCUUGAUGUCUCGUCUCGCAACGGGCUCAAUGCCUCGUCUCGUAACGGGCUCGAUGCCUCGUCUCGUAACGGGCUCGAUGCCUCGUCUCGUAACGGGCUCGAUGCCUCGUCUCGUAACGGGCUCGAUGUCUCGUCUCGUAACGGGCUCGAUGCCUCGUCUCGUAACGGGCUCGUAGCACCCCCUCGUAACAGACAGGACGGCAACGAGCCCACCGUCCUAGAGACUGACUACCAAGACGAAGACGCUAGUCUCAAGAAUCGUAAGACUAGUCAUCGCAUCCUCCAGCAGAGCCUCGUCAGCAAAGAUGCGCGGUUGGUGCGUCUGGCAUCCGAGAACGUGCGCUUCGUGAUGGCGAACGCUCAGUGCGCCACACCCGUGCGCCGCUGCGUCGACCUCUCCGCCAACCAGACGACCAGCGGCAAAACUUACUGGCCCAGAUGUGCGAUCGUGUACCGCUGUGGAGAGGAUGCUGGAUGUUGCUACUCCCCUGAACACGUCUGCUCUGUUAAAGAAUCUCACGACAUCGACCUCCACUUCUUCUACAUGACGUUCGGUACUGAAAAAACAGGCGUUGACAAACUCACUUUUGAGAACCACACGUCAUGUGAAUGCCGCCCUCGAUUUGCCUUCGUAAAUGGGUAUGAAUAUCCUUUGCACACCGAGUCUCGCAUCAACAUACGACCACCUCAUAUGAACCAAGAGCAGCAAACUUCUGCUCCCUUCAUGGGAAACCAUUUUACCCAACAGCACCAAAGACCUGCUCAUCACUCGGGUGAUACUCUCUACCAGCCUUUAGCAUCCUCUCAUCAAACGCGUAAUCGCUUGACACCAGUACAUCACUCCGGGACUCAUCACAGCACUCUGGAAGAAGAUAUACGGUUCACAAACUUUUCCUUGCCAGUUUCAACCUCCUCAGAUCUGCCGUCAACGAAUUAUUAUUCACCCAGCACCUUGGAUGGUACUUACACAAGUCCAGUUACUCAAGAUAUGCUAUACAACCUCGUUAGUGGCGAAACAAACCUACAUUCUAGACUUUCAAGUACCGCGGCAGACGAGAAUUUCUUACAGACCAGUUCCACUGGUCGCUCGGUCUCGUCAACGGCAAUGCAGAGCGGUACUACCAGAUCUUCGACGGCAGCAACGACUUCGCGGACCAAUGCCAUGAGACCAUCAAACGCGGUGACAGCUGCGUAUACCAGCGUAAUAGGCUCCCCAGUAUCAGAAACCAUCAGCACUGAACGCUCCUACAGACAAUAUAACGAUGCUAUCAUAGGCAAUAGUUUGCAAUUAGAUGACGAUCUGAGCCAAGUAGAAAGCGCACCUUCGAUCGGUGAGUUCCGGAGACACCCCGUAGUGCCGGCGCUUGUUGAAAACGUGCUUGAGAAGGACGAACCUCAAGUUAGAAUCGUUGAGCAGCCUGAAAUGUCGCAAGAGUCUCAGAGAUGGACGAAUGAGCAACAAGGAAGGACGCGCCAACAAAUCAAGCUCUCACAACCUGCAGACUUGCUCGCUCAGACCUACUUGAAAAACGCGCCUCUCACAGCAAAAGAUAGAAACGAAAGAACUACUGCAGCUGUUCAAAAAGACCUUGCAGCUAAAAAAGAGUGCCGGUGCCCCGAACUCUUCGUGACGAAAGCAAAUCCACUGCAGGCAGGCGCCUGCGAGUGUGUGUGUGAUGCCGACCGUGGCAACUGCCGGCGUCUCAUGAAGGGACAGCGUUACUUCAAACCUAAAGAUGAGAGAUGCAUCAUGUCAGGAGAAUGUGGACUGCCGGCAUGCAAGUUCGGCAACUUCAUCACGGAGUACAAGAGAUGUCCGCGCAAGCGGGAGAUGAAAAAGCGCCGCAACCGAACCUCCGGAACUUGAACACGAAAAUUUCUGCUGUGCAGAUAAGGACACGGUUAACUGUUAUUAAAGCGAAGGCGAAAAAAUUGAAUUUAUUUUCGGUUCUUUUGGCGACAAAAUUAUUCAAGAAGUUACAUCUUAUACAACUUUUAUCGUGUAGGUAUGUUUUUGUGAAUACUUCGAGGAAACUAUCGAAAAAAUAUAACUCAAUACUCACUGCAGUGAGUGACAGAGAGCGC